AUGGCAACGGAAGCGCUCUUCCCCAUCUUCGACCAGGGUGUUGGUUACGGCAUCGUGAUAGGGCUAGGCGGCCUCUUCGCGAUUCUCAUGAGCCUAACCUCAUACGCCCUGAAAAAGUACAUGUCCGAAGUACAAGACUCGGAGAUGUACUUGACGGCCAAACGCUCUGUACGAUCAGGACUCAUCGCUUCGUCCGUGGUCUCCUCAUGGACUCUGAGCGCGACCCUCCUGUCCUCAACCAACUUUGGCUAUCUGUACGGCAUUUCUGCAACAUUCUGGUUUGGUGCCGGAUGUUCAGUCCCUAUCCUUACAUUCGCGGUCCUGGCGAUCGAACUCAAACGCAAGGCUCCCAGCGCGCACACCUUUCUGGAGCUGGUGAAGCAUCGAUACGGUGCGCCGGGCCAUAUUGUCCUCGCUGUGUAUUCUCUGAUCUAUCAGAUCUUUAUCUCGGUUAACUUGCUUGUUGGCGGUGCGAGCGUCUUUCACCUAACGACUGGAAUGCACCAGGUUGCAGUCUGCUUCAUGUUUCCCUUGGGUGUCUGCAUAUAUACAUUCUUCGGUGGGAUCAAGGCUACCUUUCUCACAGAAUGGGUUCACACAGUUAUUCUCUUCGCGAUAAUGCUUGUUUCCAUGUUCGUCAUGUAUGCAAGCUCAUCCCACGUGGGUUCGCCCGGUAAGAUGUGGGAGCUUUUGGUGGCUGCCUCUGAGAUUCGACCCGUUAUUGGGAAUGCUGAUGGACAUCUUCUCACUAUGAAAAGUGUCUACGGUGGGCUUGUUGGGCUUACGUUCUUGGGUGGCGGGUUCUCGGCGACUGUCGAUUCCCAAUUAUUUCAGAAGGCGAUUGCUGCUGAUCCAAAGUCCACCGUUGCUGGAUACCUGUUGGGUGCUUUAUGCUGGUUCACUAUUCCAUUUUGUAUCUCGACUACCUUUGGUCUCGGUGCUGCAGCGCUUGAGCAUACCCCUUCCUGGCCAACAUAUCCCGAUCCAAUGGCAGCAGAUGUUGUGGCAAACGCCCUCCAAAUGCCAUAUGUGGCAUAUGUUAUCCUCGGCAAGGGAGGGGUUGUUGCAGUGCUUCUCAUGCUGUUCCAGGCCAUCACUAGUGCAUUAAGCUCCGAGACCGUGGCCGUGACGAGUCUAAUCACAUACGACUUUUACAGGGCGUACAUAAAGCCAGCAGCUACGGGAAAGGAACUCAUCUUCGUUUCACAUAUCGCUGUUGUCGUAUUCAGCGUCGUGGUUGCUUGUGUGGCAGUCGGCCUCUGCUAUGCGAAUUUCUCAGUUAGCUUCAUCGUAACUGCCAUUGGCAUUAUAAUUGAUGGCGCCGUCAUACCCAGCGCCUGCACCCUCUUCUGGCGCAAGCAGAGCAAGUACGCGGUAACGCUCGUCCCCAUCCUCAGCUCCAUCGCAAGCAUUGGGACUUGGAUUGGCGUUGCGUACCGCCGCGAAGGCGUCGUCAGUGUUGCAACGCUUUCGGACUUUUAUCCCUGCGUGGCGGGCAAUAUGCUCGCGCUGACUGCGCCCGUCGUGCUUACUCCGCUCAUCACGUACCUGCGCCCUGAGAACUACGAUUUCAAAAGGUUUCAAGAAAUCGAGCUCGUUGAUGAUAGUGCAAUCUCUGGCUCUGAGAAAGCAUCCCCGGAGCACGGGGCGAGGGAGAUAACAGUCACAGCCCAGGAAGAGCGCGUUGAGCUCCUCAGGGCACGAAACAUCGCCCUCGGUGCUGCGCUAUUCAUCGCCAUCUCUAUGACAAUUCUUUGGCCAAUCCCGAUGUAUGGAACUGGGUAUAUCUUCUCAGAGCGUUUCUUUACUGGUUGGAUUGUGGUUACCUUUAUUUGGGCAUUCUUUGGUGCUAUCACUAUUACUGGUUUACCUCUUUGGCAGAGUAGGCGGCAGAUCCGUGCAUUCUUCGCAGCGGUUCUUGGUGGAUCGAGUGGCCGCGGAAAGGAGAAAGAUAUUCAAGCGUCGGCUGUAUUCGUUGAGGAUAAGACUUGA